AGAAACUCGCCUCGUUUAGAAUAGCUGCGGUGCUGGAGUAGUCUACACUCGUCGCCUGAUAGUUCCAGACAAAACGGAACAUCGAACCUUUUUUUAUUUGAUUUAUUUGGUUCGAUUUAAAUCCUCUUCUCACACAAGAUGUGACUCUUUUCAAAGAACAGACUAAUACCUUAGAAUAUCCAUGUCGUUCAGGAUAGCUGGGAGAGAGAAACGUCAAUGGUUUUUCUACGAAUGGAAGUUAUUUGUUGUGAAUUGUUUUGAAUAUGUUAUUCCGAAGUGAGUUUGUUUUUUGUUUGUCUCCGUUCGUCGUGGACCUUUAAUUUGGAAUCUAACGACGAAAUCCAGAUCGUCAAGGGAAACCCAAAGCGAGGAUUCUACAAAGCCAGAGAGCUCCCAACAGACCGGGGAUUUAAAUUGUUUGGUGUGCUCCGGGAGAAGCGAGAGUCAAAGAAAGAAAUUCAUGUGGCCAUUCUCUCUUUAGCAAAACAUUUUGGAUUGCAGAAUGAGCAAGGAAAGACCUAAGAGGAAUAUCAUCCAAAAGAAAUACGAUGACAUAGAUGGGAUCCCCUGGUCAGAGGAGAGGGAUGUGAGGAAGGUGCUCUAUCUCUCCCUGAAGGAGUUCAAGACUGCUCAGAAAAGGCAGCUUGGAGAUGGAACCAAAUACACUAAUGGUUCCCAUGCCCGCGGCCAGCUCAACGGCUUGGGGCAGAAGGGCCACAAGGCUGACGGGUCGCGGUUCCAGAGCACCGAUGGCAGCAGCGAGUACUCUGAGGAUGGUCCUGCCAAGAAGAGGCCCAGACUGCAAGCGCAGAGGAAGUUUGCCCAAUCUCAGCCCAACUCUCCCAGCACCACGCCGGUCAAGGUGUCUGAUACCGCCCUGCCCGCCCCCUCCGCUCACAUCAGAGACAUCUCCAGACGGAAACCCAAGACUGAGGACUUCCUCACCUUCCUCUGCCUGAGAGGUUACUCCUCCUGGCCAAAUGAAGGUUUGUCAGCGUUGCCCAGUAACAUGGCGUACUUUGGGAGCUCUCAGGAUGAAGAUGAGCUGGAUGACGAUGAAGAGGAAUACGAGGAUGUGAAGCCAGACAUCAGCGUGGCGUCUACUUCCUGUCAGUCCACGCCCAGGAAGGGCAAACCCCCAGGGAAACAUGCCGUCAACGGCCACGUGUUGAAUGGCCACAGUAAGUCGCCCCGGGACAGCCACAAGCUCAGAGGGAAGGAGUGGGUGCAGGUGAGGGAGCGCAGUGAGAGGGCCGAGGCCCGGAGGGAGCAGGCCCUCAGCCAGCCAGAGGCCACAGCCAGGGGCCACACUACCAAUGGACUGCCUCACAGGAGGGCUGCAGAGGAGCCCCGCAAGCAGGUCUUUAAAGUGAACGGCGUCACACGGCUCUCCCAGCCAGGCGUGCACACGGCCGGUGCCCAAAAAACGAAAGACUUCAGACUGCCGUCCAAAACUGUGAAGGGCCAAGUCACAUACACCAAAGCAAAACGAGAACUGGUCAAGAAAACCAAACUGAACCACCGCAAACACAGCACUGCUGCUUCCCAUAGAGCCAAUAGCAACAAUCACCACCGCCACCAGCGACUCCCCCUCUCCAACUCAGGAAAAGCCCAGAAUAGCAAAGCAAAAACACGCAAACAGGUGCUAUUAUCCAAUGGGGUGUACAAGGUGGCUAACGGGGGCGGUGUGCGCCUCAACGGUCGCAACUGUGCCAAGCAGGAGCUGGGCAGGCAGGGGCGUGAGGGGCUGAGGAACUCCAAGCGGAGGCUGGAGGUGGCGGUAGCAGCCAUCGGGGCGGUGGCUGACUCCCAGGGUCAGCUGGUCAUCCUGGAGAAUAACCCCAACCCUAACAAGACAAAACAGCACCAGACCAGCCCUCUGGAAACACGCAGUAAGAAAGCAUGUCAGGACAAGACCUUGGUCCCCAACGGACACAUUGUCAUGGAAACCACCCCUCCCCCGACCCUGCUAGCCCCACCCCCUCCCCCGACUCCUCCCGCCACACCACCAGCCAAUCCAGAGCCAGAGCGUCAACGGCCCAAGCGGGCGUCAGCCGGCAAGCUGAUGUUCAUCAGACAAGCACAGCAGCGGGGGCAGGUUGCCUCUAACCCUAACCACAACCGCUCAACUACCUCAGAAUCCCCUUGCCACACUUCUGGACACAACCCUGGACAUAUCCCUCACAAACCAGCAGAGCCCCGGCCUGACAGGGAGUGGGAAAGGGAGAAGGAGAGGGAGAGAGAGAGGGAGAGGGCGGAGAGGAGCAGGGUGAGCUGGGCGGCGUUGGGUGAGGCGCCAGUGUUCUGUCCCACCCAGCGGGAGUUCCAGGACCCCCUGGUGUACCUGGACUCUGUGCGGGAGGGGGCGGAGCCGUGCGGACUGUGUCGGGUGGUUCCCCCGGCUGACUGGCGCCCAGAGUGCAAACUGAACGAUGAGAUGCGCUUUGUGACCCAGGUGCAGCGCAUCCACAAGCUGGGCCGUCGCUGGGGCCCCAACGUACAGAGGCUAGCCUGCAUCAAGAAGCAUCUCAAAUCUCAGGCCAUCACCAUGGAAGACCCCCCGCUCAUCGGUGGCUGCGAGGUGGACCUGGCUCGGUUCUUCCAGCUGAUUAAUGACAUGGGAGGCAUGCAGCAGGUGAUGGACCUGAAGAAGUGGAGUAAACUGGCUGAUCUGCUGCGGAUCCCCAAGUCAGCCCAGGACCGUCUGGCCAAGCUGCAGGAGUCCUACCUCCAGUACCUGCUGUCGUAUGACUCUCUGUCCCCCGAGGAGCACCAACGCCUGGAGAGGGAGGUGCUGCAGGAGAAGGAGGGCUUGGAACGCCUCAGGGGGCCCCUGGAGGGCCACACAGAGAGGAACCUGGCCCUGCCGCGCUACGAGCCUAAGAACGGGCUGGCCGGCAGUCUCGUGCAGCGCAGCAACGGUCAACUGUGCAGCCGGCUGAAGGAGCUGGACAGUCAGCAGCUGAAGGUGGGACGCCGGAGGCUGUUCGCUCAGGAAAAGAAUAAUGGGGACAAGACACAGCAGGAGGAAGAGGAGGCGGAUAUGGAGAAAGGUGUUCUCAGUGACCAGCACAAGUGUAUUUACAAGGGGAAAUCUGUAUCUCUCACCAACUUCUUUAGGAUAGCCAGGAACACCAUGACCAUGUGCUUUAACAAAGAGCCCGGUGCUGCUGAGGUCGAGCAAGAAUACUGGAGGAUAGUGGAGCAGAGGCACUGCCAUGUGGCAGUGCAUUAUGGGAAAGUGGACACCAACACACACGGAAGUGGCUUCCCUGUGGGAAAGUCCGAGCCAUUUUCUAAACAUGGAUGGAACCUCACUGUCCUCCCAAAUAAUUCUGGAUCCAUUCUGCGGCAUCUUGGAGCCGUGCCCGGGGUGACCAUUCCCUGGCUGAACAUUGGCAUGGUCUUUUCUACCUCAUGCUGGUCUCGAGACCAAAACCGCCUUCCAUACAUUGAUUACUUACACACGGGUGCUGACUGCAUUUGGUAUUCUGUUCCUGCUGAAGAGAAGGUGAAGCUUGACAAGGUGGUUCACACACUGCUGCAGGCCAACGGGACCCCUGGGCUGGAGAUGCUGGAGAAGAACAUCAUGAUCUCUCCGGAGGUGCUUUGUCAAGAGGGUAUCAAGGUCCACCGCACCGUCCAGCAGAGUGGUCAGUUUGUGGUCUGCUUCCCUGGGACCUUUGUGUCCAAGGUCUGCUGUGGCUACAGUGUGUCGGAAACCGUUCACUUUGCCACCCCCCAGUGGAUGAACCUGGGAUACGAGGCUUCUAAGGACCUUAAAUGCCGACACAUAGCCAAACCCUUCUCCAUGGAGAAGUUACUCUACCAGAUCGCCACGGCCGAAUCGAAACGCGAGAACGGACACCUUCUGACAACAAUCUCCGCUCUUCUCAAAGACCUCAGGAACAUAGAGAUGAGACAACGGCAGGAACUGUACGAGGCGGGGCUUCUGUCUUCUGCCCGCUACGGAACACACGACAACAACCUGGUGCCCGGCGACGGACGCAAGAAACCCAGGAAGUGGCUGGCGCUAGAGUCCUCAGAGAGACGCUGCCAGACCUGCCAACACCUCUGCUACCUGUCCAUGGUGGUCCAGGAGAAUGAGAACGUGGUCUUCUGUCUGGAGUGUGCUCUGAGAUACGUGGAGAAUCACAAGUCCUGCAGAGGCCUCAAGAUGAUGUAUCGUUAUGAUGAGGAGCAGAUCAACAGCUUGGUGAAGCAGGUGUGCGGCAAGGCCCUGGGGAAGACGACUGAGAAAUGUAAUGGUGCGAGCCCCUUUAAACCACCGCCCAAACGCGGACCCCGGAAGAGAGCCACCGUGGAAGUGUCCCUGUCCCGCCUCUCCUCCCACCUGUCUCCAGCAGCCGUCUCCUAAGGACGUUAACACCCCCCACUGCCCCUCCAUCUUAGUUUGGCCAAUCACUGUUGUCCUUUUUAAAGAAAGAAUCAAUAUUUCCAGCUUUUAAUGCCCCAAAUCUCCCCUAUCUAUGCCCCUUACCAUGACAAACAACCCCCCCCCCAAUUAGUAUGGCAAACUUGUGAAAGCAAACUGUAUUUUUUUGCACUAGCACAGAAAAACUAUUUUUCCGUUUUUUUUUUGUUGUGGGGGGGGGGGUUAGUUGAUGUCGUCCUUAGCAUUAAUUGAAAAGUUCACCGGUAAAUGUUGUGCCCCUUGCACUGCCCCCCUCUACCCUUUUUGAGGAUAGGGUCAGAUUGUUCUUCCCUACCCACACUGCAGUCACACCCAUCGCCACCUGUCAACUGUGAACAAAGGGACGAACGGAGGUGCUCCUUUUUCAUUUUUAUUGAAAGUAGAACCCAAAGUUUGCUCUCGUCUUUAGUUUUUGAAGAUGAAUUGUUUAUAUUCUCCUUUUUCACCUGCAGCAGCUCCUGUUGUUCAGGGUCUGUUGCUCCCCAACCCACGCCAGGUAAAACUUGAAAGGCAGAUGUUUUGGCUUGCUUGUUUUUAUUUUGGAUUUUAGCUUUGAUUUUAGUCUUCUUUUGUCGUUUUGUUCCUUGGUGGCUGUGGAACUAGCGGUGCCGUGGCUGUAUGUCAGAAACACAGACCUAGGUGCCGUGGCUGUAUGUCAGAAAUACAGCCUGGUGUGCCAUAUGUCAGAAACACAGACCUAGGUGCCGUGGCUGUAUGUCAGAAAUACAGCCUGGUGUGCCAUAUGUCAGAAACACAGACCUAGGUGCCGUGGCUGUAUGUCAGAAAUACAGCCUGGUGUGCCAUAUGUCAGAAACACAGACCUAGGUGCCGUGGCUGUAUGUCAGAAAUACAGCCUGGUGUGCCAUAUGUCAGAAACACAGACCUAGGUGCCGUGGCUGUAUGUCAGAAAUACAGCCUGGUGUGCCAUAUGUCAGAAACACAGACCUAGGUGCCGUGGCUGUAUGUCAGAAACACAGACCUAGGUGCCGUGGCUGUACGUCAGAAACACAGACCUAGGUGCCGUGGCUGUAUGUCAGAAACACAGACCUAGGUGCCGUGGCUGUAUGUCAGAAACACAGACCUAGGUGCCGUGGCUGUCCGUCAGAAACACAGACCUAGGUGCCGUGGCUGUACGUCAGAAACACAGACCUAGGUGCCGUGGCUGUACGUCAGAAACACAGACCUAGGUGCCGUGGCUGUACGUCAGAAACACAGACCUAGGUGCCGUGGCUGUAUGUCAGAAACACAGACCUAGGUGCCGUGGCUGUACGUCAGAAAUGCAGACCUGGGUGCCGUUGGUCUCUGUACCCGUAGUAGAAGGGAGGCCUCCUUCGCUAGCGAGUGAAAACUGUGCCUAAUACUCAGCAAGGAGAUCCAUCGUUUUUGGUGCUGUUGGUUAUUAUUACUGUUUUACAAUACAGAAGAAAGGUGAGGUGCUGGCUAACUAGGUUUUCAUGUCCCACAGGGUUAGGGUUCUAGGCUCUCUUCUCCCACAGGGUUAGGUUAGGGUUCUAGGCUCUCUUCUCCCACAGGGUUAGGUUAGGGUUCUAGGCUCUCCUCUCCCACAGGGUUAGGUUAGGGUUCUAGGCUUUCCUCUCCCACAGGGUUAGGUUAGGGUUCUAGGCUUUCCUCUCCCACAGGGUUAGGUUAGGGUUCUAGGCUUUCCUCUCCCACAGGGUUAGGUUAGGGUUCUAGGCUCUCUUCUCCCACAGGGUUAGGUUAGGGUUCUAGGCUCUCCUCUCCCACAGGGUUAGGUUAGGGUUCUAGGCUCUCCUCUUCUAGAUGUGCAAUCAUGUUAACAUUCCAUUCUUCCAGUCCUAUUGUUUCAGCUGUACCAGUAAACAUGACUUAUUUUAUUAUUAUUUUAUAUUUUUAUUGUGUAUGCGUUCUGAUGUGCGUGUAGAACCACUAGUCAAAGGGUGUAAAAUGUGAAAUAUGGAAAUCCAUGUUGUUUUUUUGCUUUUGCAUUUUCCUUUUUUCAGAUGUAUUAUGUUUGAUUUUAGGAGACAGUCCAACACAAAAACAAACUUUUGUACAUAAUCCUGUAAAUGUCUUUAAAUACUUGAGCCUUUUCUGGAGUGAAGGAAGGAAUGAUGCCUCUAAAGGUAUUAGCAGAAGCAAGGGAGGAAGUGCUUGAUGAAGAAAAAGCCUUACGUUUCAGUUUCUUCAUGUGUGUGAGUUUGAUGCUUACAGGGUUGCUAUGGUUACGUGUAUACAUUUAAGUGCUGCUUACAUCAGUGAGAACGAUAUGGAGUAGCAAUGGCCCCCUAUUUUAUUUUUUAGCUUUACUUUUUUAAAGAAAAGGGAAAAUAUGUUCAUUAAAAAAAUUGUUUUAAAUUUUCAUUACUGAAAAUUCAACAAUGUAGUAGCUCAUGUUGCACUGAGCUUGCCAGUGGUGGCUGACAAGGUGAUCCUAUUAUCAAGUUUGUUGGUUGUUGUCCUUUACAGAAGACUGAGCUGUUUUAGGAGUAUUUAAUGAAAACCAAGUUUGGGUGUUUUCCACAGAAAGUGGUUGUCAAGUUUGUAUGGCCUUACAAUGUAUUUUAUUCAGAUUUUUUUUUUUUUUUGCAUUUUCUUUUUCUACAGUAUAAACUAUUGCUCACGGUCGGUCUGGCAAGUUAAUUUAUUAGCGAUACGUCUCCAACUUUCCUUCCACUUGGAAAGAUUUCAUGUUGGUUAUAUUGCCAGUUUUUUUUUUUACUUUUGCAGUUUGUACUAAAGGUUUAAUAAAAACGUACAGACAAUU